AUGAUUAAGGUGAAGGCCCCUCUUCCUUUCCUCAAAGAAUUGAAUUGUGAAUUGAUGGAUGUUCCAGGUUUGAAUAGUGGUUCUCACAGCAAAAUCUUUGAACGAUUGGCUUUGAAAGCAGGAAAACUUUCCGAUCGAAUUUUGAUCUUUCCAAAUAACAUGAUAUCAGAAUUUCCAACGGAUUACUUUGAAUUGAUGGGAAGAAUCUUUGCAGACAAGGACAUUCAGAGAAAUCCCAAAACAUUCUGUUAUUGUUUUGGAGGAAUUACCAUUAACGAAGAAAAGGCAUCUAAAGAGUUCCUUGGUUGUUUGAGUAAAAAGAAGAGACAAAAAUUCGAAAAGACAUUCAGAAAGUAUCUCUCAGAUUUCUUUGAUUACAAAUUCGAUGAUACUCCCAACGAGAAACCUGUCAAUGGCCAAGUUGAAUUUGUAGAAUCCAAGAAAAGAAUGUUGGAGUUCUUGAAUGAUCAGUUCAUGAUUAUACCCAUACCAAACACCAAAUAUGUACAAUUCGAAAGAGAAUUCCACUACACUAGAUCCUCAGAACGACAUUGA